ACAUUUAAAGCUGAGCCACAAUGAGCUCAUUCAGUCAAAAUCAGGUCUACAAAACGCCAAGAGCCACUAUGGAUGGAGUCAACUCCCGACGGGACAUCACUGUUGUCAGUCGCUCCAGGGACCUGAGCCAAGAAAUGGUUAAAAAACUGAUUCAUCAGUCGCAGGAGGUAAAGACGCAAUCUUACUGCCCUUACAGCAAAUUCCGGGUGGGAGCUGCUGUCAUGACCCUCGACAACUGUGUGUUUACAGGGUGCAAUGUAGAGAACGCGUGCUACACUUUGGGACUGUGUGCUGAAAGGAACGCCAUCUCGAAGGCCGUGUCAGAAGGAUACAGGAGUUUCAAGGCCAUUGCAAUCGCCAGUGACUUAUGCGACCAGUUCAUCUCUCCAUGUGGGGGCUGCAGACAGUUCAUGAGAGAGUUUGGGUCCAAUUGGGACGUUUACCUGUCCAAGCCUGAUGGAUCGUAUCAAAAGCGGACGGUGGACGAGCUGCUGCCCCUCUCGUUUGGUCCUGAGGAUCUAUCCAUGAACAAAGUGUUUAGCUGAACAUGCUGUAGUGAUACAGCAUGCUUCAUAUGUGUUUAGCAGCAGUUAUAUUUAUGGUGAGAAGUUUGUUCUCAUGCCGUCUCUAAAUUAUAUUUAAAUCAACUGCGAGAGGGAAAAAUAUUAUUGAUGCAAUGAUUUCAUGUCUACUUCCUCAGUAGCAUUAAAUGCACGACUUAUGUUGGUAAAAAUAUUUAUUGGUUUAAAGAAGCAUGACAGAAACGAAUGGUCACACAUUUUAAUAAAUAGUUUUUAAAUGGA